GUGUUUCCUCCUCGUCUCCCUGCACUGCCCCCUUCAGGCCGGAGGUUUAGCUUAAUGUGUAACGACUCGGUCCUGUGUGCAGGCUUCCAGAUCGACACUCCUGACAGCCUGGGGAGGAGCUGCCUGCACGCGGCCGCCGCCGGGGGUAAUGUGGAGUGUGUGAAGCUGCUGCUGAGCAGCGGGGGAGAUCACAACAAGAGGGAUAAGUGCGGCAGAACCCCCCUGCACUACGCGGCGGCGAGUCGUCACUAUCAGUGUCUGGAGACGCUGGCGGCCUGCGGCACCGCGGUCAACGCCACGGACCAAUGGGGGCGCUCCGCCCUGCACUACGCUGCUGCAUCAGACCUGGACCGCAGGUGAGGGGG